GGUGCUGGAAGGUUCGAGAGAUUCAGAGAGAGGAGUCGACCCGAGGGGAGGGAGCCUGCUGAGCUGCCAGCAGCGCCACUUUGCCUUCCAGCCAGAACCAGCCAUGCUCAGCAUGCAGGCAUCUUUCUUCUUCCCCACGGGUCCCUUCAUCCUCUUUGUCUUCACGGCUUCCACCAUAUUUCACCUUCAGCAGAGGAUGGUGAAGAUUCAACCCACGUGGGAGUUACAGAUGGUGACGCAGGUGACCACAGAGAGCCCCUCGAGCCCCCAGCUGAAGGGCAUGUGGACGAUCAAUGCCAUCGGCCGCCUGGGGAACCAGAUGGGGGAGUACGCCACCCUGUACGCGCUGGCCAGGAUGAACGGGCGGCCGGCCUUCAUCCCGCCCGAGAUGCACAGCACGCUGGCCCCCAUCUUCAGGAUCACCCUCCCGGUCCUGCACGCCAGCACGGCCCGCAGGAUCCCCUGGCAGAACUACCACCUGAACGACUGGAUGGAGGAGCGGUACCGCCACAUCCCGGGGGAGUACGUGCGCCUCACGGGCUACCCCUGCUCCUGGACCUUCUACCACCACCUGCGCACCGAGAUCCUCCGGGAGUUCACCCUGCAUAACCACGUGCGCGAGGAGGCCCAGGAUUUCCUGCGGGGUCUGCGGGUGAACGGGAGCCGACCGAGUACCUACGUGGGGGUGCACGUGCGCCGGGGGGACUACGUGCACGUGAUGCCCAACGUGUGGAAGGGCGUGGUGGCCGACCGGCGGUACCUGGAGCAGGCCCUGGACUGGUUCCGGGCUCGCUACCGCUCCCCCGUCUUUGUGGUCUCCAGCAACGGCAUGGCCUGGUGUCGGGAAAACAUCAAUGCCUCGCGCGGCGAUGUGGUGUUUGCCGGCAAUGGCAUCGAGGGCUCCCCCGCCAAAGACUUCGCGCUGCUCACGCAGUGUAACCACACUGUCAUGACCAUUGGCACGUUCGGGAUCUGGGCCGCCUACCUUGCUGGUGGAGAGACCAUCUACCUGGCCAAUUACACGCUCCCGGACUCUCCCUUCCUCAAACUCUUUAAGCCCGAGGCAGCCUUCCUGCCCGAGUGGAUUGGGAUCGAGGCAGACCUGUCCCCACUCCUUAAGCACUGAUGUCGGCUGGUCCUCGGCUCCCCAUUCUUCUUUUCUGGCUCCCCCCAAGAUCACUUCCAAGGCACAGGGAGCACACAUUGUUCCAUGUUCCAAGUCACUUCCCUCUUGUAUCAUAAUGCUUCCAGCUACAAGCAACAAAGUCCCAACUAACUUGUGUAAAUAACAUGUUUGUGUAUCUCACACCACAGGGCCCAGAGGUGGUGCAUCUCCAGGGUUAGUUACUUUAGUAACUGAAAAAUGUCGUCAGUGACCCCAGCUCCAUCCAUCUGGUUGGGCUGCCAUAAUGUCUUAAAUCAGCUCCGACACGGUCCUCCUGGCCCCGAGAGGCUGCCACAUUCCCAGGUGUCCCACACAGAUAACCUCUUCCCAGCGCAGCAAAGAGAGAUCUGCGCUUAAGUACCUUUUGAAGAAUGUGGGAAACCUUCCAAAACCUCCAGCAACUGGCCCCAUGUCUCAUUGGCCAGAACUGUGUCAGAUGACCACAUGACCCCUUCCAUGGCAUGACGAAUGAGACCCUGGGAUCGGCUUAGCCUCAGGUCAAUAAAUCUUUGCCCGCUGCAGCUGGGGAGUAGAUCAGCCUCCUCCAAAGGACAUGAUGGCUUGCAGAAACAAAAGUGGGGUGUUCUUACCAAGGAGGAAGGGAGGCAGGGCUGUAGGAUGCAAAACAGAGAAGCCCUGAAUUGCUGUGCAGGUUGGUCAUACACAAAGGCACCUGGCCAGGGAGGCAAGUGGGGCUUAAAUAGAGCCCCAGUCUGUUCGCCAAGCCACGUGUCCUUGGGACUCAGGCUCACUUUUUUCUAGUUAGUCCACCCAGAGCAGGGACCUUUUUUCCAGUUUUGACAAGAUAGCCGUAUUGGCUAGGAGUUAAUGUGAAGCCUAGACCAUGUGCUCCACCUCUACAACCCUGGCUUCCGGUGCCCGUGAUGAUUAUCCUUGCGAACUGAAGCCAGGGAGGUCCUGUUGUGGCUCAGCAGUUAAAGAACCUGACUGGCAUCCAUGAGAACGAGGGUCCAAUCCCUGACCUCACUCCGUGGGUUAAGGAUCUGGCGUUGCCGUGAGCUGUGGUGUAGGUUGCAGACGUGGCUCAGAUCUGGCAUUGCUGUGGCUGUGGUGUAGGCCAGCAGUUGUAGUUCCGAUUCAACCCCUAGCUUGGGAACCUCCAUAUGCUGCAGGUGUGGCCCUAAAAGAAC